AUGAAGUUCUUUACACUUCAUCUUGUACUGUUACUGGGUACCUUCCUAGGCCCAGUAGCCGCGUACGACAAACGCGGUACCAUUGAAAAUCUGGAUGGAAAGACCAGUGAUACACGAUCUGUUGCGCCGGGUUGCGCAGCAAAGAUGAUCGGAGAGGACCAAAAGGACGGAAAGUGUGACCUUAAGCAAUUUCUAAAGUACAUUUGGUACCCAAGAAUAGGCGCAGGGAAGUUUCCAAAAGAUCCGUCUGAUAAAAACUCGGAAAAGGUCACAAAGACGGUCUAUGGCAUAAACGGGAAAGACAUUCUAGAUGCCGAUGGCCAGCCAGCGAGCCUUGAGGUUGCUCUGAGCAAACGUAAAGAUUUGGACGAAUUCGCCCCUUCACUGGAUAAACUUUCGAAGCAGCAGAUCAACUGGGAGAACAAAGGCGCCCUAAUCAAGCUAUUCGGCAAUUUAUAUAAGGCUGGAUACACCGACGGUGCCGAUUCAGCGCGACUUGUUCGCGGCGCCACCAGCUACACCGAAGCUCGAAGCCAAGUUACGAAGUUUCUCCCCCAUAUCGCUUCCAAAUAUCCAAUGGUUGAGAAACUAAGCUCAAAGCCCAAAGAUUACAGAAAUGGGGCCAAAUUGGUUGAAGCAGCUCAAAACUGUGUCGAGUCCGCUUACAAGACACGACUCUGGGAUUACGAGACCUUCCGUAUCGGCCAAAACGGUCUCAAGAAGCGGCUUGAUACAAAACAUCCAGAGCUGAACGUCCAGAUCAAAACCAAAAAGAUCAAUACUGGUCUGGGAUUUCCUGAUUUUAACGCACUUGAUGCCGAUGCCACUCUUUCUGCCAAUCCAGAUUUGACUAAGGAUCAGUUAGUUACAGCUUGCAAGGAGCAACGCACUCGCGGUGGCACAGACAAGGAGCAUUGGACAGCCUUGCAAGCUGCGGUAGGCUCAGUCUAUAAUGGCCAGUGUGAGCGGGUCAAUGUCAAACUUUGA